CGCGAAUUUUUCAAACCGCCAAGCAAACGAAGACAAGACAACGCUCAAAGAUGGCAUCGACGCUGCGCAAGGCCACGGACAUCUGUCAGGAGACACGCGAGGUGUUGGACCCGGAGGAGGAUGUUGCCAAGGUGCAAGCCAUCAAGGAGGCCACCCACGCCACCUUUGAGGGGUGGAGCAAAGAGGAAAAGUCCCUCCAAGACCAAAUCAGAGAGCUAACGCGGGAGUACGAAGAGAGCAAACGCGCAAUCCCAGACGCCCUGACCGAGGAAGACCAGGAGCGGGCACUGGAUGUGCUUGACGAGCAGCUGCAGCAAGCAGCAACCUCGUGUCGAACACAAGAGGAUGCGCUCACCCGCAAGCGUGCGCAGAUCAAGGCCCUGAAAACGGAGAUUGAGGACCUGGAACGCAAGAAGGUGGACAUUCAGCGACAAGCCAAGGAGAACUCCGCAGCCGCCAAGCGGUCUACGCUGCAGCUCUAUGAGACGGUGACGGGCCUCAAGUGGGAGUACACGGAGCAGCAGCGCGUCAGCGGAUAUGUGUCUGGCAAAGCAGGGUACUUGAACACGUUCUCCUUCAACCCCGAGCGGCAAACGCCGUUCUUCAUCGCAGAGAAGUUGUGGCAGGAAAUUGGCAUCGCCUGCCAGUAGUGGACCCUGCAACACACCAAGAACGUACCAACAACCCACCCUUCAUGCACACAUGCACGCAGGCGUCAGUAUUGCUGCGGCUGCUUCUGCUGUGGCAACUGGCGAGUUGUGUGGCGUUGUGGUGCUGCUGCUGUAAUGUCUCAUGCCAGCCAGAAAAGCCUCUGCUUCCCCUCUCCACCACCGUCACCUGCACUGGAUGUGCCAGUGCAUUUGCUUCUCUCAUCCGCCUAACUGCUCUCCUUGCUUCCUAUGCUUUACUUACGGACGUUGAACACGAGUUAUGUUGUUGUGCUGUUUUGCUGUUUUGUUGCUGCGUGGUGUUGUGUGAAGUGUUGAUGCUGUUGUGCUGUGAUGUUGUGGUCGUGUGAUGGUGUCAGCACGCGACACGCAUCCGAAACAUAAACCAAACAAUGACCA